AGUAGGAUAUUGAGAUUUGCUUGUACGCCUGGGGGUAUAGGGCUCUGCAAGCUAGGAAGGUCUUGUUUAAAUUUUUUUUUGCUUGUGUUAUUUGUCAUUGUAUUACCAUGUUUUGUCUGAUGGUUAAAGAACCGCCUUUAUGCUAUGCUGAAUUUAUUUAACCUUGCAGCGUCUUAAUCAGUUGAUCUCUAGCCAAUUAUAUAAUCUGCCUAGAUUAUAUAAUCCAUUUGCCAUAGAUUCAUUUGCAGGAUUUGCCGCCUCAAGUUUCAUCUAGCUACCUCCAACAAACCCUUCAAUCUCCAUGGCUACAUCGAUAUCAACUCAAUAUACUAUCGAGGAGGAAAUUAAAAGGAAGAGAAAGAAGCGAAAGAGAGUUGUUGUAUUAGCUGUGUCUAUUAUGGCUAUUAUCGGAAACCGGUAUCAACGGAGGAGACCUAGACACAUCGUAGAUGCUAACGAAGUUCAAGAGAGAAAUGUCGAGUGCAGAAAACAAAUGCUACGUAAUAUGUACCAGGGUUCAAAUGUCUAUUGCUAUGACAGUUUGCGCCUAACUAAGAGAUCUUUUAGUGACUUGAGUGCCAUCUUACGGGAAAAGAGUGGCCUACAGGAUACCCUAAAUGUGUCGGUAGAAGAAAAGCUUGCAAUUUUUCUGCUUAUAGUAGGUCAUAACACCAAAAUGAGGCUGAUCCGUAGCACUUAUGGGUGGUCCCUUGAACCAAUCAGUCGACACUUCAAUGUAGUGCUUAGAGGGAUUCUAUCUUUAAGUCAUGAGUUCAUCAAGCUUCCUAAUCCAGAAACCACUCUACCUGAGGAUCCAAAGUGGAAAUGGUUUGAGGACUGCCUAGGUGCACUAGAUGGCACACAUAUCGAUGUGAAUGUUCCAUUGACUGACCAAGGUAGGUACAGAAAUAGGAAACAACGAAUCACCACUAAUGUAUUAGGGGUUUGUGAUCGACAAAUGAAGUUUCUGUAUGUCUUGGCUGGAUGGGAAGGGUCGGCUUCGGAUUCACGCAUACUACGUGAUGCCAUGUCACGGGAGGACUCAUUUGUUGUUCCUAGUGGUAAAUACUAUCUAGUGGAUGCUGGAUAUACAAAUGGUCCGGGAUUUCUUGCCCCAUACCGAUCUACACGGUACCACUUGAAUGAAUGGGCUAUUCAAGGCAACAAUCCAUCUACUGUGAGAGAGUUAUUCAACCUACGCCAUGCAACAGCUAGGAAUGUGAUAGAGAGAACUUUUGGGCUAUUGAAGAUGAGAUGGGCAAUCUUGAGGACCAGCUCAUAUUUUGAUUUAGAAAACCAGAUUAGGAUCAUCCAUGCUUGCUGCAUAUUGCAUAAUUUUUUAAGGGAUAGACAAAGAGAUAUGGACGAUAUUCUAAUACAUGAAGUUGAUAGUCUCAUCUCUGCUGCUCCUGCUGAAAAUCAAGGAGAAAUUAGUCUGAUUACGCAUGUUCAAUCAACUAAUGAGUGGGGUGAUUUUAGAGACACCAAAGCUAGUGAAAUGUUUGUUGAUUAUCAAGCGAGGCGUGGUUAAAGCUCAUAGUUGACAAGAAAACAAGGGGCUAUGUUCCUUGGAAUGAUGAGAUGGAUAAGGUACUCCUUGAUACAUUUGUGGACUAUUACAAUAAAGGUGAUAGAUGUCAGAAUGGGUGGAAGUCUCAUGUAUACACCGCUGCUGUGAAGAAUGUUUUUGAGAAGUGUAAUGUCACCAUUACAAAGGAAAAUAUUAGCUCUCGCAGCAAGACCUUUGAUAAGCACUACAAUAUCAUUAAUGGUUUGUUGUC